AUGACCUCCUCGUCUUCCUCCUCCUCCCCAGGCCGCCUGCACGGUCGCGUGGCCGUUGUGACCGGCUCCAGCUCCGGGCUCGGACAAGCCAUCAGCCUUGCCCUGGCCGCCGAGGGCGCUUCAAUCUUCUGCAUUGACCUCUACCCAACCCCGCGCAACGCCAUCAACCCCUCCACCCAGCGCGCCGAUGACUUCCACAACCGCGUCUCCGGCCAGCCCGGCACGCACGAACGCAUUCGACAGAUCGGGGGCGAGGCGACAUACCACAAGGCCGAUGUCACCCGGGCGCGUGACAUGGAACUCGCCAUCCGAGCCUGCGUGCAGCGAUACAAGAGGCUGGACAUCAUGGUGAACAACGCCGGGGUCAGCGUCGAGAGCACGCACCUGCGGCCUCUCCGGUGCCACGAGACGAGCGAGGAGGACUACGACAAGACCAUGGCUAUCAACGCCAAGGGCAUGUUUCUGGGUUGCAAGUACGCCCUCAAGCAGAUGCUGGAGGGCCAGUCCCAGGUCUACUCCUCCCGGGGCUGGAUCGUCAACACCGCCUCCGUCCAGGGCCUGGUCCCCUUCUACGGCACCCCAUCGUACUGCGCGUCCAAGGGCGCCGCCGUCAUGUUGACCAAGCAGAUCGCUCUGGACUACGCCAAGGACCUGAUCCACUGCAACGCGCUCUGUCCGGGCUUUCUGGAGACGAGCAUGACGCAGAAUCUCCAGGGCCAGCCGCAGCAGUUGCAGGACAUCGAAGGCAAACAUCCGCUCGGGCAGAAACUGGGCAAGGUGGAGGACGUCGCGAAGGCGGCGGUGUUUUUGGCGAGCGAUGACGCGGGUUGGAUCACGGGCAUCCCGUUGCCGGUCGAUGGAGGCUAUUUACUGAGGUGA